GCUCCUCCCUAUCACCAAACCACCAAACCACCAAGGCCAGACCAGGACAGCACGCAUGGGCGCGACGUCGUAAUGGCGAUGGCAUGGCCGUAAAAUAGACUCAGACACCGACCCGACAUCCGAAUCAGAAUCGGAAUUAUAAACCCACCCCAGCUUUGCCGUGCCCGAUCAAGAGCCCGCGUCCAUCUCAACGUCGGCGCCAUGUUGUCCGGCAUCCUGAUAUUCAACCAGAAGGGCGAGAACCUCAUCUUCCGCGCCUUUCGCAACGACUGCCGCCCUCGCCUCGCCGAUGUCUUCCGCAUCCAGGUCAUCUCGAACCCUCAAGUCCGCUCGCCCAUCCUGACCCUCGGCAGCACCACCUUCAGCCAUGUCAAGCACGAGAACAUCUACCUCGUCGCCAUCACCAAGAGCAAUGCCAAUGCCGCCCUAGUCUUCGAGUUCCUCUACCGCCUCAUCCAGCUGGGCCGUGGCUACUUUGCCAAGUUCGACGAGGAGGCUGUUAAGAACAACUUUGUCCUCGUCUACGAGCUGCUCGAUGAAAUCAUCGACUUCGGAUAUCCCCAAAACACCGAGACCGACACCUUAAAGAUGUACAUCACCACUGAGGGUGUCAAGUCCGAACGUGCCCCCGAAGACUCCGCCAAGAUCACCAUGCAGGCCACUGGUGCGCUAUCGUGGAGGAAAGCCGACGUGAAAUACCGGAAAAACGAAGCCUUCGUCGACGUUAUCGAGGAUGUCAACCUACUCAUGUCGGCGACUGGUGCCGUGCUUCGCGCCGACGUCAAUGGUCAGAUCAUCAUGCGCGCCUAUCUAUCCGGCACCCCGGAAUGCAAGUUUGGACUCAAUGAUCGUCUAUUGUUGGAUCAGGAUGGUCUCCAGUCGCUGCCCAGUGGCAAUAGACUGGGCACGAAAGCCACCAAAGCAGCUGCAGGAAGUGUCACCCUCGAGGACUGCCAGUUUCACCAGUGCGUGAAACUUGGCAAGUUUGACUCGGACCGUAUCAUAUCAUUCGUUCCUCCGGAUGGCGAGUUUGAGCUCAUGCGCUACCGAGCUACCGAAAAUGUCAACUUGCCAUUCAAGGUGCACGCUAUAGUGAACGAAGUUGGAAAAACGAAAGUCGAGUAUAGUAUAGGACUUAAGGCCAACUUCGGCAGCAAGCUGUUCGCCACCAACGUCGUCGUCCGAAUCCCCACGCCUCUUAACACCGCCCGGAUUACCGAACGCUGCACACAGGGCAAAGCAAAAUAUGAGCCCAGUGAAAAUCAUAUCGUCUGGAAGAUUGGUCGUUUUACGGGCCAAAGCGAAUUUGUUCUGAGCGCCGAAGCCGAGCUCACGAGCAUGACGAAUCAAAAAGCCUGGUCAAGGCCGCCUCUUAGUUUGAGCUUUAGCCUUUUGAUGUUUACAAGCUCUGGGCUUUUAGUACGGUAUCUAAAGGUAUUCGAGAAGAGUAACUACCCCAGCGUAAAAUGGGUGCGGUAUAUGACGAGGGCUGGUUCAUAUGAAAUACGAUUUUAAGGGCUAUGCAGACUUAAUCGCCGGCGAACUACAGAGACGGACAUGAUGAAUCACUCCACUGGUCCGGCAGUUCACAGUAGUCUGCAAACACCAAUUCCGCAGCGCUGUUGAUGGAGAGAGGUUACGACAGAGAAUGCUCGAAUCCAAUCUAAUGCCAUGCCAUUAGACUAACGUUAUGCAGAUGUGAUCACUCAGAUGAUCACUUGCGAGAACGCACCAUUACUGAAAUCGUGGUAGAGGUAUUCGGCUCAACGCGUCAGGACUUGUAGUUGCUGUUCGAUUCCACUCAGGAUAACGCCACGGCAAGCCCUAAGAUGUGCAGAGUUAGCUGGAUGGUACAAUCACCGUACUGUCGAUGACAUAUCAUCGAGAUUGGAAAUCGAAUACAGAUAUGGCUUGCAGGUAUUUUCGGACACUUAAAUACAUCUAGCAAUCGCUUGCAUGAAUGGCAGACUUGACUAGGUUAGGUUAUGAGUGCAAUGAUGGCCAAGUGUCAACUGAUUGCUCAGAAUAAGAUAUGACUUAAUACGAAUAAUCUACAAA